CGACGUCUCGCGUCAGUGGUGCAUUUACCAAUCGUACCCAACUACAUAUGAGCGGCAUCACGAUCUGUCGGCCGCGCCGGUAUGGCGCGUGGGCCGUCGACAGCAGCACGUGGGCGCGCCUGAGUACGAAGGACCACCUCCACGACACGGCGAGUGCCGUCGACUGCCGCGCCUGCCAGAACCUCUUUACAUGCUUCCGUCGCAAGCGUCACUGCCGCCACUGUGGCUCGGUCGUCUGUCGCGCCUGCCUCGAGAUCGUUGAUGUCCACGAGACUGCGGACGACAAGCGCCGCCGCCGCACAGUGCAGAUCUGCAUUGAAUGCUGCGUGCGCCACGUCAUUGAAACGCUGCCCGCCAAGUCGGCCCGCGGGUCCAGCGAGCGCGCAACGCUAUCGCGCAGCCACACGCCGCUGCAGCCGCCGACGCGCCGGCGACCCAAAGCCACAAGUCGUCGUCUGGAGGUCGUCUCCGAAACGGUGGCCGACACGGCGCGGUUGGACGACGUCUGCAAGGCCGCGGCCGCCGCCUACAACUGCCCCAUGGCCGGCGUGAGUCUAAUCGACGUCGACACUGAGCGCGUCAUCGCCGCCCAUGGGUUCGUCUCGGCGCCGGUGCCCCGCGCGACGGCCUUUGGCGCCCAAGUUUUGGAGAGCGCGUCGCCGGUUGUCGUUCUCCGCACGGGCGAUCGCGACCAUCCGUGGUGCGCACCACCGACGUCUGCAACAUUUUACGCCGGCGUGCCGCUGCACGCGCCGUCGGGCGUCGUCGUCGGCACGCUCUUUGUGCUCGACACCAAGACGCGGACGGCCGCGGUGCGCACAGCGCGCCUCGAGCAGCUGGCGUGCAUGGCGUCGGACGCGCUGCAUCCGGAUGAAAAUGCCACGCUGGUCUCGGUGCCAGUGCUCGAGUCGGUCGUCACGGCCGUGCUGAGCCCGAGCUCGUCGCCUUGGCCGUCCGUGUCGUCGGCGGCCGCGUCGCCCUCGGCCGUCUUGUCGCCGGACGACAUGCACGUGAUCCUUUCGUCGCUUUUACGCGAGCAAGACCGCACGGACGCCAUCUUGGCCUCGUUCGUGCACGCGCGGUAGCCGCUCCACGAGUACAUAGUCGUCGAUGCGUACACUGUAGUACUAGUAUCAUCGUCCGUAGUAGGAAGGACUCUACUUUCCAUGUACUAGUGUAUUGAUACCUUUGCCUGUGCAGAUGGUCGCUCGCCUUGCUUUCAGUUGGACGCUUUUCCUGCAGCUAAAUCAGUGAAGAGCUAUUGCGCACGAAGGUCCAACGCCACGACAGGCGUCUCGAGACGAAUGUGCAGUGAGCAAUUCGGCGUCUCGCAGCGUACGUAGCGCCACGUACUCGGCAAGUCGGUCUGUAUCCUUCGGUGAGAAACUAGCUUUCAAAACGAAACCAAGGUCGUUUAGUUGGUAUUGCAUCCUACUAAAUACGACUGAGCGGAAUCGCC